GUACGACUCUAGUCGCUUUGCCGCUUGGAGCAGGCGCGUCCCACGACGCCGGCGCACGGAGAGGGCGAGAGAGCUAACUCGAAAGGAACUGACGAGAGGAACAACGAUAGACAUGUGGACCGAGUGAAUGCAGUGAUCUGUGACGUAAUAGUGAACUACCUAUUAAACAAAAACAAUAAAGCGUGGCGGUAAUAGACAAUGGAUGCCAAAAGCCCGAUAUCAACACCAGAAUGGCAUAUUCCGCGGCCAUCGCUGUCAGGUAGCAGUGCAUCCGGGAGCAUCAAAGAUUCAAGAUCACGAGGUGGUUCGGCAUCGAGCCAAGGAUCUUCUAGUAACCAAAGCACCCACAGUGUAUCGUCCGGUUCGUUCCUGUUAAAUGCGGCGCAUUUAGUUCGGAUGCAAGGAAAUGUCAUCCAAGAAGAAUAUGUGCGUUAUAAUGAGCCAGAUAUAUACGGACGUAAAUCUGGUCUUUCUCAAGCGAUAGUAUCCAUUCCGGAAGAAACAAGAGACCAGACUGAUACGUUUUGGAAUGGUGUGAAGCGAGGGUCGGCGACGGGGCAGGACGGCGCUUCGGUGGCGAGUUCUACGCACUUCACAGUUGUGAAUGGUUUCACGAAGCAACGGGCUGCCACGGAACCUAAAACCUGCUGUUGCAACCAUUCACAUCAGAUCACAGUCUUAGUUAUAUCCAUGACGAUAUUAUUUUCUGCGUGCAUUCUAGCUGCCAUUUGUUUUGUGGAAAUGCGAAUGCGUAAGGAGACCGGAAUGUACAAAUAUUCUUAAUUGAAGAUGUUCGAAAAAACGACGCUAAAAGUAUUAAUUACUUAAGUAGUUAUUUCUUUAUUUAAAAAUACUAUGUGCCUUAACGGUAGAAAUAAGAAUGUAAAGCGCGAAGUUUAUUUUGCCAAUGCAAAAACGAUAAUACAUAAUUAAAUAAGGUACAUAGUAAAUUUUAGAACAAAUGUAUAUUUUUUUAGGAAUUAAGUAGAUAAAAGAUAUUAGUGCAAUAAACCCAGUUAAAAUAUUUAUUCAAAUACAUUCAUUACUGUGGGUUCCUAUGCGAACAUCUCAUGUAUUUUUUAAUACAUAUUUAUUUUCAUCGUUAUUAUGGUUAUGGCAUGUUGUAAAUGAAUGAAUAUACAACAACUUAACUUUAUUAAGCCAUCCGGCUGAACAUGGCCUUCAACACUUUUCUAGACUGCUGGUUCUGUCAAUCACGUAAGGGAUAAAGACGUCAUUUAUAUAACAUUUAUUGAGAUUGGCAGAUAUUUAAACAAAAGAAUAAUUGAACAAAAGAAACAAAUGAACCAAUUUAGAGUACAAUGAUAGUACGAGUAGUAUACGAAAAUAGCCUGUAUUCAACUUAGUGAACAGUUUAAUGUUUCGACAAGUGCAAUUGUGCAGGUAAAGAAAUCCCAGCCAACUCAAUUUAAACUUU